UCAAAUGUCAUCAGGUCCAAGAAAGAAAUUAAGAAAGAGAGAAAAUGGCAGCAACCGGCAGCUCCGCCACAGUUGUUAGAGCAACUCCAUUCUUGGGCCAGACCAAAUAUGUCAACCCUCUUAGAGAUGUUGUUUCCAUGGGCUCUGCCAAAUUCACCAUGAGUAAUGACCUAUGGUAUGGACCCGACCGUGUCAAGUACUUGGGACCAUUUUCUGCUCAAACUCCUUCAUACUUGACCGGAGAAUUCCCCGGUGAUUAUGGAUGGGACACAGCUGGUUUAUCUGCUGAUCCUGAGGCGUUUGCCAAGAACAGAGCUCUUGAGGUCAUCCAUGGGAGAUGGGCCAUGCUUGGAGCUUUGGGUUGCAUUACACCAGAAGUUCUUGAGAAAUGGGUGAAAGUGGACUUCAAGGAACCAGUAUGGUUCAAAGCUGGAGCCCAAAUCUUCAGUGAUGGAGGACUGGACUAUUUGGGCAACCCAAACCUUGUCCAUGCUCAAAGCAUUCUAGCAGUAUUGGGCUUCCAAGUAGUUCUAAUGGGCCUUGUAGAAGGUUUUAGAAUUAAUGGGCUACCUGGAGUUGGUGAAGGCAACAAUCUCUACCCAGGUGGCCAAUACUUUGACCCAUUGGGCUUAGCAGAUGACCCAACUACUUUCGCCGAGCUCAAGGUUAAGGAGAUCAAGAAUGGAAGAUUGGCUAUGUUCUCUAUGUUUGGAUUCUUCGUUCAAGCUAUUGUAACUGGAAAAGGCCCGCUCGAGAACCUCUUGGAUCACCUUGACAACCCUGUUGCCAACAAUGCCUGGGUUUUUGCUACUAAGUUUGCUCCUGGAUCUUAGAUUUAACAUUUUAACUUCCUCCAUAAGAGGCUUGUACCACUUAAAUCAUUCAUAAUGCAAAUAUUUGGCAGAUGAAAACUA